AAGAUUAGUGUGUGGGCCCAAUGCCAUUGAGGUAGAAAUCCAGCCCAUAUGGAAGCUGCUUAUUAAACAGGUUUUAAAUCCAUUCUACGUGUUCCAAGCCUUUACCCUAACUUUGUGGCUGUCUCAAGGUUACAUAGAAUACUCUGUGGCCAUCAUCAUCUUGUCUAUUAUCUCCAUUGUCUUAAGUGUGUAUGAUUUGCGACAGCAAUCAGUGAAGCUGCACAACCUUGUGGAGGAUCACAACAAAGUCCAGGUUACAGUCAUGGUAAAGGACAAAGGUUUGCAGAAGCUGGAAUCCCAUCUCUUGGUUCCUGGGGAUACUCUUAUUCUUCCAGGAAAAACUUCAUUGCCAUGUGAUGCUAUCCUGAUUGAUGGAAGCUGUGUGGUGACUGAAGGCAUGCUCACAGGAGAAAGCAUACCUGUCACAAAGAUGCCACUGCCCCAUACGGAGAACACCGUGGCCUGGAAAUCCCACAGCUUGGAGGACUAUCGGAAACAUGUCCUUUUCUGCGGGACAGAAGUUAUCCAGGUCAAGCCGUCUGGGCAGGAGCCAGUGAGAGCAGUUGUUUUGCAAACAGGUUACAAUACUGCCAAAGGGGACUUGGUGAGAUCCAUCCUCUAUCCCCGACCUCUGAACUUCAAGCUAUACAAUGAUGCCUUCAAGUUUAUAGUGUUCCUGGCCUUCCUUGGCAUUGUGGGUUUCUUCUAUGCCCUUGGUGUAUAUAUGUACCAUGGAGUAAGUACUGGGGGUUUCUCCAAGAGACACGGCAACCAUGGCCCUGCUUCUCCUCACUGUGACUGUCCCUCCUGUGCUACCAGCUGCCCUGACCACAGGAAUCGUGUAUGCACAAAAGAGGCUGAAGAAAAAGAAAAUCUUCUGUAUUUCCCCACAGAGAAUCAAUAUGUGUGGACAAAUAAACCUCGUGUGCUUUGACAAAGUAUGAUCUAAACUUUCCUGAUUGGAGGUUGAUUUCAAGGCAGAGCAGAGCUGGGAAAGGCCUCCAAAUGAAUGCCUGGUUCACUGCUCUCAUUUUACAUAUAGGAACACUGAGGCCAGAGAAGGUCACACAGUGGGCUAGUGGUGAGACCAUGCUCUACAAGCCCACUGUACAGAGUCCUAAGGAAGUGGUUUAGCUAUAUCACAUCAUAA